AUGAAGGCAUUCGCAACCGCUCUCUCCGUCCUCUCGGCCGCCGGCCUCACCACCGCCCACAUGGACAUGACCAACCCUCCUCCCCUGCGACACAAGAGCAACCCCAACAGCGGCAGCAACAUCGACUACUCGUACACUUCCCCCCUCGAAGCCAGCGGCUCCAACUUCCCCUGCAAAGGCUACCUCAAGGACGUGGGCACCCCCGCUGGCAAGUCCGUCGCCAGCUGGACCCCCGGCCAGCAGCAGCAGAUCACCAUCACCGGCGGCGCGAACCACAACGGCGGUAGCUGCCAGGCCUCCUUCUCCUUCGACAACGGCAAGACCUGGAAGGUUGUCCACUCGUGGAUCGGAAACUGUCCCGCGGCGGGAACCUCGCAGCUCGACUUUACGGUGCCGUCGGACACGCCUGCCGGUGAUGCCAUCUUUGCGUGGUCCUGGUUCAACCAGGUUGGUAAUCGGGAGAUGUACAUGAACUGCGCGGUUGUUACUAUCGGCGGCGCGGGCAAGAAGAAGCGCGGCAGCACGGCGUCUAUCCAGAGCCGUCCGGAUAUGUUUGUUGCGAAUGUCGGCAACGGGUGUGGCACUACUGAGGGAACGGAUGUCAUGUUCCCUGAUCCCGGGCCAGAUGUCUCCAUGACGUCUAAGAAGACGGGUCCUCCUACCGGUCAGAACUGCGGCAAGGCUGGCAACUCGCCUGCUCCUGUGCCCUCGUCUGGAAAUGGAGGCAACGGCGGAAACGGAGGAAACGGAAGCCCUAAGCCCACUGCGUCUUCCCAGUCCCCCGAUGCCUCUAACCCGACUCCCACCAAGAAGCCCGGCGGCGUGAACAACGGCCAGACCAAGCCUACGAAUGUGCCUGUCGAAGUUACGCAGUCUGUCCCCGUCUCUGUGCCCUCGCAGACUCCUGAGGCUCCUCCUACCGGUGCUCCUCCCACCGGCGGCAACGGCACCUGCACGCCCGGUUCUUACGGCUGCACCUCCGAUGGAAAGGCCUGGCAGGUCUGCGGCGGUGCCGGCGCCUGGAUUCGCGGCACGGAGUGCGGUUCCGGAACUACUUGCCAGGUCAACCCUGCCAACAACAGCCCCUACUGCAUGACUGGCAAGUUCUAA